CUGCCGACCAAGGUUCAGUCAAUUGUAACCAUUAGCCUCAAGUGAUCUUGCAGGAUGCGAUUUUGGAUAGGCUUUGUGGUAUCGUUAGCAGUGCUGUCGAGAACUGCAUUUGCUGUGGCUCCACCAUUGUCGCGCAUUUCCGGUGGUACCAUUGCCACACCUACCGACAUUCCGUGGGCUGCUGGAGUUCUCAUCCACGGAGGAACUUCUGGUCAUGACUUCUGCAGUGGUGUUCUAAUCUCUAGCCGAUUUGUGCUGACCGCAGCUGCUUGUAUCUCUGGCGCAAAUACGGUGACCGUUGCAUUAAAUGCUGCUGAUAUGACCAGAAUAGGAACUCUGAUUGGUGUAUCCAACGUUCUGAUUCAUCCGAAUUUCAGUUCGCUACUUAAUCGGGAUGACAUAGCAAUUUUAACACUGAACCAAGAUGCUCCCAUUGAUGAUACAACUAUUCGCCCAGUUCAGAUGCCACGUCGGUCGGAUGUUGGUAAAAGCUUUGUCGAUUGGUCAGCAACUACCGCCGGUUGGGGAAACACCGGAAACCGUGAUAAUGAACCGAUUCCAACGCCAGACCUUCAAUUCGCCGUAGACACAGUAACGUCCAACUUGGCUUGCCAAUUAUCAUAUACCUGGAUAAGAAGUACUCACAUCUGCGUGGCUACCAACAAUGGAGGACCGUGUAACGGUGACGAAGGAGGUCCAGUGACUGUCCGUGAAGCAGGUCGAACCUAUCUGAUUGGCAUCCAUUCGUUCCACUUCAACUCAAUUCGGGGAUGCGAUCGUGGUCGAUCGGCAGUGCACACCCGUAUUACCGAGUAUCUGGACUGGAUCGAGCAAAACUCUGAUGUUGUUAUUCCACAAUAAGCAGGAAAAGGAUUCGGCAAUAAUUUUUAUAUCAAGUUGUAGCGUAGAAAUCAAUGCACAGGUUUUGAAGAA